AUGGGAACUUGCGGUUGUUCUAGAGAAAAGCUCACAGAGACAAAGGAUGCUGCAGUGGCAAACAUGUCAAAAGCAGGUGAAUAUACAAGAGUCAAGUAUCAUGAAACUAAAAAUUAUCUAGGACCAAUAAUUUAAGAGAAGUAUGAAGAAAGCAAGAUGAAGAUAUAGUAGUACAGACCCGAAAAGAUAGACGACAAUUCUAAAACAAAAAGUAUCACAAAAUUUGAGGAAACAUUGCCACUUAAGAAAAUGACAGUAGAAGAGUUUGAGAGAAGAAUAAAAAAGUUUGGUGUACCAAAGGAAGUAGGCAGUUAGGAUGCUGAUAAGAUAAAUGAAUUGCAACUUAUUGAAGGAUUCAAGGACUAUUUCCCUGACAUUGAGAAGGAAGGCUCAUUGAUUAGAUAAUUACUACUGAAUCCAGGUUUUGCUGUUGAAAGAGUGGAUGGUGAGGAAAAUUACGAGGAGUCAGUUAAAGAAUAUAAGAUUCCAGAGCUUUUACUUCUUGGAAAUAUGUAUUGUGCAAAUACUCCCUAUUAUAGAGCCUAAAAAUUCUUUGAAGUUUGCCAAGAAGAACUACAGCCAUAAAUUGGCAACAAUGACAACGAACUUAGUGAGUAUAUGAGAAAGCAAUUUGACAUAGCUUACUAUGUUAUAAUGGUAUUAUAUAAUGUAGCAAAGGAUCCUAAAGAGCAACCCAUUCCGGAUGAAUGGCUCAAUUUAGACUAGCCCACAGUUGAAGGAGCCUUAGACACUAUUAUGGAAGAGUUCUUAGAUGAUGUUUUUGGAUCAGCAUCAAAGCUAUAAAGGGAAGAUUUUAUAGAAAAGUUGAGAGGAGAUUGCUGUAAAUGGCUUUAGCCUCAUUUCUUAAGAUCGAGAAUGUAUCAAGAGGUAUUCGAACCUAAAAAAGAUGAGAGAAAGCUAUGA